GUUAGCGUGGGUCAGGGCCUCACAGGCCGCUCGGGGACCUCAUGCGACGGUGACGGCGCACCGCGCACGAGACGCGUCGCCGGCUCAACCCUAGCUUCGACCUUCGAGCAAUCGAGCGGCGCAGCGCGGAGCAGAAUGGGAGCACCGACAGGCGGCGGUGGCACGGAUCACGCCCCCAUGGAGAGAUGGCGGGCGGCACCGGCUCCGGCAGGCGACGGCGGCAAUCGGAAAAGCAAGCGCGGGAGCAAGGACGGCGACUCCGGCGGGCGGCGGCUGGUCGGUGCUCCAGCAAGCAGUUGCAGCGCGGACAGCGCCGAUGAGCGCCUAGAACCAGGAGGAUUAUAGCAGCAACAACGAGUGGCCCGCGACAAUUAGGUGAGCUAAUGCCUGUAUUGUACUCGUGCUACUCCUACUACAAGUGUUAAUUUAUGUUUAUGUACCACAUUUCGUGAAAUAAAAAUAACAGACAUGCAAACAAAACGUGACUACAGAAAACGUGUAGUGUAGAUAGCAGCAAAUUGAACCAAAUGUAGUUUCCCUUUCUUAUUGCUGGAAUCGACCAAAUGUUCAUUCAUUCCCGUUUUUUUUUUUUUUUUUGAAAGGAACAUUGCUGGAAUCGACCAAAUGUUCAUUCAUUCCCGUUGUCCAAACUCCAAACUAAUGUGUUGACAACCCAUUGCUGUAAUUAAAACAUGCCAAUUAUGUCAAUGGUUAUAUUGAAAGAUAAGUAAAUUCAAAUUGUGGCAAUGGGCUGUCGACGCAUUAUUUUGGACAGUGCUACCGAUAAUGGGUGACCAAUUUUGAUCCAAAUAAUUAGAGCAUUCCAUAUAAAUAACGCAUAAUUGCUCGUGUGCUUAAAGAAAUUCAUUUAGAUAACAAUAGAUAGAUUUUUUCAUCUUAAUGUGGUGCUUAUUUCUUCUACAUUAAGCCGUGCGGGUAGACAACAAAGCGACUAUUUCCCUCCGUGUGCAACUGCAUGUGAUAAGUGAAACAAGGUCGGAUCCUGUUAACCCACGAUAGUCACCAGUUAUAAGCGUCCUAAAACCUCCCCAUCCCCGCUUGAAAGGUGUAUGUAAGAAAAUCUACGGACAAGAAUACAUGCUAGAAAAACCCUGUCAUAGAAACCCCUCCUCUAUUAUUUGAUUUUAAAACAUUCUCAACCCAUUCAACCCUGCCAGCCAGAGACAAGGUGUUACUGUGCUUAAACCCUUUAUCACUUCGCUGUAUACAUAUACAAAUCAUAGUACUAGUAGCUCAUUGCCAUCAUUUUCACUGACAAUGGCUCCAUCACCCCCUCGUGAGAAGAGACCCGCACCUGCGGAUACCAUGGACACCUUGUGUUGUCCCUUCCUCCACAGAUGCUGGAUGAGAUACUCUCCCGCCUGCCCAUCCGUGACAUUGUUCGCACCUCGGUGUUGUCCCGCUUCUGGCGCCACCGCUGGAAGGCCCUACCUUCCAUCGACCUUACCUGGCCAGCACAACACGUCGUCGCGCGCGAGGCCGUCAAGGCAGUCCUCCACUGCUAUCCUGGCCGCAUCCAGCGCUUCUCAGCCCUUGUUGGAAAGGGAUUGGCACGCAGCCUCGGGGUCUGGUUUCGCAAGCUUGCCAGCUGCGGAAUCGAGUACCUGUACCUCGACGGAGCCUGCAUCUUCCCUCUCCACGUCUCCGUCUUUGCAUUGGCCAGCCUCACCUCCCUAGAGCUCUGCGAGUGCAGGGUCCCGGGUCUCCCCAAUGGCUUCAUGGGCUUCCCCAACCUCACCAAGCUCAAGCUCUUCAUGGUUGAAUUCCCAGCGGGCGGCGAAUACCAUCUCCAGGACAUCAUAGCCAAAUCACCAUUGAUCGAGGAUCUGUACCUUGGUGAAGCCCGGACCCUCAGCGACACGAUGAAUCUGUGGGCGAUCCAGGCGCCAAACCUUCGUCACCUCACCCUCGCUUCAUCUGACAACUAUGGCUGGAUCCUUGGUGAUUUCCCGCUCCUGGAAUACGCUCUUAUCGACUUGGGAAAGUAUCUUUCUGGCCGUGAUUUUGGCAUGCUGCUUGGCAAGCUUUAUCAUGCCAAGAUGCUUGAGAUUUACACGUGCCAUAGCAUACCGGUAUGUGCUCCUUUUCUAACAUGUUCUUCUGCUGCUCUGACUUGAACUGUUGCGCGCAAACCUUGGCAGGUUCAUUUAUCUUCGUUAGCUCAAAUUGUGAAAUACUAUUCCAUGAUGCAAAAUUUAUUCUUGUCAACAUAUAAAUAUAUUUUUGGAGAAAAAUUAUACUAGAAAUGCCAGUUUCACUGCCCUUGUUAUUGAUUUUUCUAGCCACACGCGCAAGCUAUACUAGAGACACUACCUUGUCAAUUUGACAACUUGAAGAUUUUGAAACUCAGAACACACUUUCUUGACAUGCCCAACAUUCUGUCAAGUUUUUGCAUACUAAGGAAUGCUCCAAACCUGGAGGAACUGAAAAUCAAGGUAAUUGUGAAUGCCACCUUGCAAUUUGUUCAUCUUUACGUUUUUCUCCCUUAAAAAUAGACAAUACCUUUUAUUUUGAAAUGAAUGAACUCCAAUAUGCAUGCAACUUUGGACGUUGUCUAUUUUUUGUCGUAAGCGUUUCCAGUUUUCACUUUUGUUACAUUCCUAUCAAAAUUUGGGUAACCAAUUAACUUUUUUAUACCAGGCACUUCACCCUUAAAGGCCCUUUAGUGACAUGAAAAAUGGUUUGCGAACACAGGGUGUUGAUUCAUGUAGUAGCAUCACUCGAUCCAUGAUAUUUCUUUUCUUGAUGAAAGCAUUUUGACAUGUUUCUUUUAACCGGGGAAUCACAGGCUCCACCAUGUUUUCACAACUUUAAUUUAGUGAAAAUCUAAAUAUCUCUUCACUAACCAGUUGGUGAAACAGAUGUAGUGCUUACUUUACUACUCUCCUCUGUCCCAAAUUAAUUGACUCAACUUGUCUCCAUACGCCACAUUUUGUGUCGUAUGGAGACAAAGUUGAGUCAAUUAAUUUGGGACGGAGGGAAUAGAGGGGUUAUCGUCUCUGCUUCAUUCUAAUUUCUUUUCUUUUAUUCUGCCCUCAUUUUAAGAUCAUGGUAGGUAGUGAUCAGAAACAGAUAGUAGAAGCAAAUGGAGAUUUCCAAAACAAACAGUGGAGUGAGAGCAUGUUUGCCAACCUUCAGGAAGUGCAGAUAAAGGACAUUGGUUUCUACUCUAAUGAGAUGUUUUUCAUAGAGCUUGUCCUUUCUAAAGCAAGGCUUCUUAGCAGACUGAGUAUUAGACUUGAUGUGGAAUGCUUAAUACCCAAAGAGGAGGUUUUGGACGUGUUAUUGAAGUACAGCAAAGCUUCACCUAAUGUCGAGGUCGGCCUUGAAGAUCUUGAUGAUGACAUGGAUAUGGAGAUUGGAACUGAUCUGGAACAGUCCACGGAUGAUGACAGCUGAUGGCUCAGGUCCAACGAGAACUUUUGGCGAGUAAAACCUACUUGAAGUUGUUGUCUCAUGAAUCAUCAAGAUAAAUACUCCCUCCAUUUCAUAAUUCUUGUCAGGUUUUAGUGUGAGGAAGGAAUUAUGAACAGAGGGACUGCAUUUUUUUAACCCAAAAAGAAAGAAUAAAAUUCUCUUGUAAGAGGACAGAGCUAUUCUACUUCCAGUUUACUUAAUCUCCGCAUUUGUA